UUCAAGUUGAAGGUAGAAUGUAAACUUCCGGUAUAUUAGUGGACUUCGUAAUUCUCAUAUUUUUAGCGAUAUUUUACCCUUUAAAGAUGCAAAAUCUAGUGAAUGCUGUCAAAGGAACAGCUCUCGGAGUGGCUGAGUAUUGGACUCCGGUAUUGAAGGAGUCAAAAUUCAGAGAAACAGGCGUGAUCACUCCAGAAGAGUUUGUAGCUGCAGGAGACCACAUAGUGCACCACUGCCCAACCUGGCACUGGUCUGCCGGGGAGGAGGCAAAGCGGAAACCCUACCUGCCAUCUGAUAAACAGUUUCUGCUUACAAAAAAUGUGCCAUGUUACAAGAGAGUGAAGCAAGUGGACACACAUGAGAUGGACCAGGAGAAGGUUAUAGAAGAGAAUGAUGCUGACGGGGGCUGGGUGGACACUCACCACUUUGCUGAUCCUCAGCUUGGUCACGUGCAGGAAGCUGUACAAGACAUGUCACUUGACUCAAAAGAAGAUGAGAGCACCAGCAAAGGUGCAAGUAAUACAGCAACAGCAGUUAACAAUGAUGAUGAUGAUGACGAUGAUGAUGACGGUGAAGCUAUGGACAUGGAAGCUUUUGAAGAAAGUGGGCUCCUUGAGGAACAAGAUAAUGCCACCUUAGUUGUGGAAAACAAGGUUGAGCGUCAGGUUUCAGAGUCUGAGAGUGGCGUGCUGCAGACCCGAACUUAUGACCUUAACAUCACCUAUGACAAAUACUACCAGACACCCAGACUCUGGUUGUAUGGCUAUAAUGAGAACAGGAAACCGUUGUCUGUGGAGCAGAUGUAUGAGGAUUUCAGUCAGGACCACGCCAAGAAGACUGUUACCAUGGAAGCCCACCCACAUCUACCCGGACCACCGAUGGCGUCUGUGCAUCCUUGCAGGCAUGCGGAUGUGAUGAAGAAGAUAAUUGAGAUGGUGGCAGAUGGCGGCAAAGAAUUGGGAGUGCAUAUGUAUCUGAUGAUAUUUUUGAAAUUUGUUCAAGCUGUGAUUCCUACAAUAGAAUACGAUUACACACGCCACUUCAACUUGUGAUUCCAAACUUGGCUAUAGAGUACACAGAAAGAAGUUUGUGAUAUGCUGCAACAUUACCAGAUUGUUUAAUUCCUCAAAGAUAAUGUUAAAAUAAAUCAAUAGCUGAUUCAUCUCACAAUAUGCUUAUUGCCCGCCAACUUACAUGUUAAAUGAAGGCGUUUUAACAUAUACUGGUAGUUUACUGUAGUUCAUGGACUUGUUGAAAUGUGUCAGAACAAUGUUAAACAAUCAACAACUUGAGGAAACCAUUGCCAACUUUUUGAAACUAUUAGCAACAUGAUGAAACCAUUGUCAACUUUGAUGAAACCAUUGGCAAUGAAAACAUUGGCAACUUUGAUGAAAUCAUUGGCAACUUUGAUGAAAUCAUUGGCAACUUUGAUGAAAUCAUUGGCAACUUUGAUGAAACCAUUGUCAACUUUGAUGAAACCAUUGGCAAUGAAAUCAUUGGCAACUUUGAUGAAAUCAUUGGCAACUUUGAUGAAAUCAUUAGAAAAGACUUGAUAAAAGCAUUGGCAACUUGAUCUUAUAAUGUUCAUGAUUAUUUUCCUAUUGUUUUGUUUCUGGAGUUAUACAAAUGUUUACAUUUUAUGACAUUUAGCUUUGAUGAUAAUUAAUGUAUCAUAUCUUUAAACGCACGAUUUGUGAAUCUAGUCACUAAAAUUGUGAUUUUCGUUAUGACUAAAAUAUUCAGAUACCUUAUUGACUAAUAACAACAGUGUUUAUAUAGAGAUACACAAUAAAUUUGCAAUUCCUGUCAUUUACAAUUACUUAAGCAAUAAAAACUCAAUUUCUGUUCACACAGUUAUAUGUACCGUAUAUCGUACAAAUAUAUGUUAAUCAUGUGCAAUAGAUCGUAUGAUUCAAGACAUUUUUGGCAGUUCUAUAGAAGUCUUCUGAAGACCACAUUCCAUGAACAACUUUACAAUUUUUCUUGUCUGCUGUGUGGCUAUUUUUUGAAAAAAUUUCUUCAACAGACUGUCUUCUGAAAAAGAGAACACGAUAGUGUUCAUGUGGGAAGGUUGCUGAUGAACUCGAAAUGCGAUUUUAACUUUCACAUUAAAGCUUAAAUCCCAGUGUAUUGUUUGUGAUGCAAUAUUAAUUCUUACUUCAGUUAUAUUUUGUCAUCCCUUAAGUACUGUAGGUUUUUCCUUCUAAAUUUAUAAAAUACGAAACAAAUAAAACCAUGUUACAUUUAUUUAGACAAUGUGUGAUUUGAUUUGCUUUUGUAAGUAAAUUUUUUAUUUAUUCGCGUAAUUACAUGUAUGAAAUGGUUCUGCUUAUGUCAUUCAAAUAAACAAAAUCUACCAGCUU